AGUUUCUGCCUCCCUUGAGUAAUCGCUCUGGUGCCUGCAUCUAGAGACCACCGGGAACUACAACUCCCGGGAGGAAUCGCGCGCAACCACCUUCCCACAGGGAGGAGGGGAAAGGCAGAGCCGGAGCUGCGGGGACUACACAUCCCAGAAUACCAGAAGACUCAGCCAUAUAUGGGGGACGUGAUAUCAUGCUGGGGUGGAGAGGGAAGAUGAAUUGGCGGCGGAGAUAAAUUUGAGUUGACGGAAGGAGGUGUUCAGAAAGGAAAAGGAGGAAAAGGAAAGACGACCACAGUUCCCAUGGUGCCUGGAGGACUACACUUCCCAUGAUGCCUCGAGAAGGGGCGUGAGAAAAAAACUUCAAGUUCCGCGACGCUCUCCGCGGCUGACGGCGGAGAUUGGACCGGAAGACGCUUCCUGAGUUUGAGAAGUGGAGACUGAUAUCAAAUAUCCUAAAGUCCGACAUGAAACUGUAUUGCCUGUCAGGGCACCCAACUUUACCGUGCAACAUACUCAAGUUCAAAUCAACCACCAUUAUGCUGGACUGUGGACUGGACAUGACUUCCACCCUCAAUUUCCUUCCUUUGCCACUUGUUCAAAGUCCCAGGCUGUGUAAUCUUCCUGGUUGGUCCCUGAAGGAUGGAAAUGCUUUCUUAGACAAGGAGUUAAAGGAGUGCUCAGGUCAUGUAUUUGUGGAUUCUGUGCCUGAAUUCUGUUUACCAGAGACCGAGCUAAUAGACCUGUCUACAGUAGAUGUAAUUCUCAUCUCUAACUAUCACUGCAUGAUGGCACUGCCCUACAUCACCGAGCACACAGGAUUCACAGGCACAGUGUAUGCCACGGAGCCCACUGUCCAGAUUGGCAGGCUUCUCAUGGAAGAGCUGGUGAAUUUCAUUGAAAGAGUGCCGAAGGCUCAAUCUGCCUCCUUGUGGAAGAAUAAGGACAUACAGCGGCUGCUGCCUUCUCCUCUCAAGGACGCAGUGGAAGUGUCAACCUGGAGACGAUGCUAUACCAUGCAGGAGGUGAACUCCGCCCUUAGUAAAAUCCAACUGGUGGGAUAUUCUCAGAAAAUCGAGCUUUUUGGUGCGGUCCAGGUGACUCCCCUGAGCUCUGGCUAUGCCCUUGGAAGCUCCAACUGGAUUAUUCAGUCCCAUUAUGAGAAGGUUUCUUACGUCUCUGGAUCUUCCUUGCUUACUACACACCCCCAGCCCAUGGACCAAGCUUCUCUCAAGAACAGCGAUGUUCUCGUUCUGACAGGGCUUACCCAGAUCCCCACCGCCAACCCCGACGGCAUGGUGGGAGAGUUCUGCAGCAACCUGGCCCUGACUGUCCGGAAUGGAGGUAACGUGCUGGUCCCCUGCUACCCGUCCGGCGUGAUCUAUGACCUCCUGGAGUGCCUGUACCAGUACAUCGACUCAGCUGGCCUCUCCAGCGUCCCCUUCUACUUCAUCUCCCCCGUGGCUAACAGUUCCCUGGAGUUCUCCCAGAUUUUUGCAGAAUGGCUUUGUCACAACAAACAGAGCAAGGUGUACCUUCCAGAGCCACCUUUUCCUCAUGCAGAGCUUAUUCAGACCAACAAGCUGAAGCACUACCCCAGCAUCCACGGAGACUUCAGCAACGACUUCCGGCAGCCGUGUGUGGUGUUCACUGGGCACCCUUCGCUCCGGUUUGGGGACGUGGUCCACUUCAUGGAGCUCUGGGGAAAAUCUAGUCUCAACACUGUCAUAUUUACAGAACCCGACUUCUCCUACCUGGAAGCACUGGCCCCCUACCAGCCUUUGGCCAUGAAGUGCAUAUACUGCCCCAUCGACACGCGCCUCAACUUCAUCCAGGUGUCCAAGCUGCUUAAGGAAGUGCAGCCCCUGCAUGUGGUGUGUCCUGAGCAGUACACACAGCCGCCACCGGCACAGUCGCACAGGAUGGACCUCAUGGUGGACUGCCAGCCCCCGCCCAUGGCCUACCGGCGCGCCGAGGUCCUGGCACUGCCCUUCAAGCGUCGCUAUGAGAAGAUUGAAAUCAUGCCCGAGCUCGCCGACUCCCUGGUGCCCAUGGAGAUCAAGCCUGGUAUCUCCUUGGCAACCGUCUCAGCCGUGCUGCACACGAAAGAUAACAAGCACGUGCUUCAGCCCCCACCUCGGCCGGCACAGCCCACCAGCAGCAAGAAGAGGAAGCGCGUGAGCGAGGACGUCCCGGACUGCAAAGUGCUGAAGCCUCUGCUGAGUGGCUCCAUCCCCGUGGAGCAGUUCGUACAGACCCUGGAGAAGCAUGGCUUCAGUGAUAUCAAGGUGGAAGACACGGCCAAGGGCCACAUUGUCCUGCUGCAGGAAGCAGAAACGCUCAUCCAGAUCGAAGAAGAUUCGACCCACAUCAUCUGUGACAAUGAUGAAAUGCUCAGGGUGCGGCUGCGGGACCUCGUUCUCAAGUUCCUGCAGAAGUUUUGAGGGGACCUGGAGCCAUUUCCUCUCCCCAAACAUGGCCCCCAGACAUGCUGAGGAAGGGGGUGACGGCCAGGAUGCUCAUGGUGUCCUCUGGCCUCAGGAAGCACGUGGCUCUGGCUUCUUGCCUUUAUUUGGGCGAGAACUUUCCCGUUACACCUAAGAGUCCUUGUCAGCCCCAGCCCUCAUGACCACUGAGGGUGACAUGAGCAUGGACAGGGCACAAAAGGGUGGCCAAGCUCCUGUGGUGUGGGCCGUGCUCCACUUUCAGGGCUGCAGGCCUCCCCUCGGGAGCAAGUCUUCACUUACCUGCACAGUGCUGCAUCUGAAAAAAAGGCGAUCCAGAAACUUGGGUCUUUCACACUGCAGCCACUCUUAAUAAAACUUAUUUUUAUACCAGUAUGCGUGCACUGUCAAACCUCACAUCUGAAGGAAGAAUGAAAAUACAAAGACCAUAAACUUAGAAAAAUACCACAGCGGAUGUCAGCUGAUGUAUACAUUAAAUCCGGUAAUGCUGCAUUGUUUGUAAAAAUACAAAGAUUUCUUCUUAAUUUGUAUGAAGUCCUUUAAGUUCUGCUGCAUGAAAAGCACUGAGACCAGAACCCCAGCCAUGACCUCUGGGACAGCUCCUCGCAAGCAGCCUGUGUCACAUCACCACGACAGGGUCGCAAGGUCCAGCGGGGGCCCCAGGACUGCAUCACCUGGCAACACUGAGUGCACCUUGCCAUGUCCAGACAGCGGGGUCUGUGCGGGUGGUUCUCAGAGCAUGUGCGCCUUGACGGUCUGCUAGCGGACCCUGCCUGCCACUGCCUUUCCCUCAGAUGCCCGUGGACAUGUAAGGAGAAGUGAGGCUUCGCAGAAAAGUAACCUCACACCACAGCUGCUUGUGAUCCCAGCACUCUGGGAGGCUGAGGCAGGAGGAUCACAAGUUUGAAUUCAGCCUGGGCACCUUUGCAAGACUCAAAAAUAAAAUGGGUUAAGGAUGCAGCCAGGCACAAAGGUCCUAGGUUCAAUCCCUAGUCCUUUCCACCCCACAAAAGCAUUACUGCAUUUGAAAUAAUGCUAUCUAACAGUUUAAACCUGGUAUUUGCCUGGCCACAUCAGGUGUAAGGUAGAUACACAAUAAAUUCCAGGGUACUAAACACAUUAUCACCUAACAUGUUUGCUAACAGUGUUUAAGUUAUGCACUGUAAAUUUUUUAAUAACCACUUAUGGUUUCCACACUUCAUGAGCUCCUCCAGGCAUGAGGACCCAUGCCUUUAAUCCCAGCAUUCUGGAAGCUGAGACAGAAGGAUCACCCAAAUUCAAGGCCAGCCUGGGCUACAUAGUCCAGAACCAUUCUAAACUAUGUAGCAAGACCUUGUCUCAAAAACCUAAAAAAUAAGGAGCUGUUAUGUUAGGGCCUUUUCUAAUCAUCAGUACCUUCUCAUCACUGGUGAUGUGUGUCAGCCGCUUGCGGCUCUAGUGCACUGUGCUGUCUCCAGUAACUUGGCCAGCCAAACGGAGUGAUGGACAACAGGUUUCCCUGAACAUCACAGAUAUGAGGGAGCAAAGUUUUAGGACGUGAGCACCUCAGGAACAACGUCCAUUCUCUACCUUGUCCUGCCGUGAGGCUGGAAGAAAGAGCAUGACAUAAACUGUCAGAAAUCCAUAAAAAUCAAGUGGUCCUGGUACUCGGGAGGCUGGGGCAGGAGGACGAUGAGUUAAGACUGUCUCAAGCUUUUAGUAAGUGCAGACCCUGGCUUCUAUCUCCAACAUAAAGGCGAUGGGGGUGAACGGGCUGGAGCACAGCGCCAAGGCUCUAGCAUCCGUCUCCAUCUCCGUCUCCAGUACUGAGGGAAAGAAAAGCCCAAGCCCUAGAAAGCUGUGUUAAUCAAGUCAGGGUGGUGCCAGCACCAGGACUGCGGAACCGGGACAGCAGGAAGACGGCCCAGAAACGGGAUUGCUGUCUUCCACACUGUCCCCGAGCCCACCGCACAGAAAGGAGAGUCUGUAACAAAUGCCACCAGGAAGGCCUCACCAGCAGAGUAAGGCUCGGAGCCAAGGCCUGUGCACACCACACCCAACCCGAACAGGACCAGGACCUCACACAGGCGUAGUAAACACUGUGGGAGACGUUCUUUGUGACUUCAGGCAGCCAUGCAUUUCUUGAGUCACAGAAAACCCUAACAGAAAGGAUACAGUCUAUCUCAUCAAAAUGAAAACGUCCUGCUCAUCAGAUGAUACCACAGAAUGGUGGCGAAACUAUGGUCUGCAGGCCACAGUGGGCACAAACAGCCCCCUCUCUCACCAGCUGAGCCAAGUUACCCUAGCAGCCAAGCACUGGCUAAGAGUUAUUUUUUCUAAAUGAAAACCUUAGCAUUUGACUUGUCAGUGUGCUUUGGGUUGCAGUUUGGGCACUUGAUCUCUAAAGGGUUUGACAUCACUGCCACAGAAGAAAUGGGAUGGAAAAGCCACAAAUUGGGGAAAAUACUCUGCUCCAUAAGAUAUACCUGACAACAGAGUAGCAUCAAUGCACAGAAUACAUACAACAAUACAAGAACACAGCGAUGAACUAAUGGUCAAUUAGUACACCCAGCCGACCCAAGUGAGCAUGGUGCUGGGUUUGGAGGCCCCACCUGAGGAUCCAGCAGCAUAAAAGGAGACCUUGGAGGGGAAGGUGGUGUGCUGUCGAUUCUCCUGGAGAAGCUGUCACACUAGUUUUCCUGACAUAAACUCAGCUGUUACCAUUGGAGGAGUUCAGGUCUCUGCUGUCGCUGAGGAAGGCUGAGGUUCCCUUUGAGGGAGCGCAGGUCCUUGCUUUGAGCAUUACUUCCUGGCUCCAGUGCAGAUCCCUCAGCCUGCUGGCACCGACCCUUCACCCUGCUGGCGCAGACUUUCCAGCUUCCACUGACCUUGGGAUCUUCCCAGCUCAGAUCCAUGAAACACUGUCAUGGACUCUGGGCCUCCAGCUGGACUCAUGUAGGACGUUGCCCUGGGAUCUAGGCCCUCAGCUGGAUUCUUUGGGUCUCUAAUGCAUGAACAGAUUUCCUGCACUCCUCUGUGUUUGACUUUUUGGGUGACUAUUACAAAAUAAUCCUAUAAAUUAUGUGUCCCAUAUUAAAUCUAUUCCCUUGCAAACCCUGACUACAACAAACAUGCAUGCUAUGGAACUUUAUUCAGUCAUUAAAAAGUAACAGAGCAUCAAAGCCUAAGAAGAUAAAGGAACUGUGACUGCAGAUUAUUCCCAAAAGCCGAUCUGAAAAGCUUCCCACUGGUUCCAACUUCAGGGCGUUCUGGAAAAGGCAGAACUGCAGAGUACAAAGUGGGGGGUCAGCAGCUGAGUGUGGGAUUUCUUGGGCAGUGAAACUGCCCUGAAUGAAAGCGUGACCAUAGACAGGCGUCAUCACACCUUCACCAAAAGCCAUAGCACAUGCCAUUCAAGGAAUGAACCUUAAUGGAAACAAGUUCAGUGACUGUCAGGACUGUGUCAACUGUAACAGCAUGUGUCACUGUAUUAAUAAGGGAAAUGGGCAGUGAGAUGAUGAGAUGGGAACACUGUUCUCUGCACUGUUUUUAAUAAACCAAAAACUGUUCCAGAGCUGGGUAUUUAGCUCAGUGGCAUAAGCGCCUACCUGGCAAGCACAAGAUCAUGAGUUUGAUCCCUGGUACAAAAAAAAAAAAUGUUAGCACAUGCCUGUAAUCCUAGCACUCUUUGAGGCUGAAGUAGGUGAGUCCAUCAAAAGUUCAAGCCCAGCCUGAGCAACUUAGUAAGACCGUGUCUCAAAAACUAAAAGAGCUGGCAAUGUAGCUCCAUACAUUGGCUCUGGGUUCAAUCCCUGCUACCAAAAAAAAAAAAAAAAAAAAAACAUGAAAAAUAUAAGGGAAGAAAAGCAGUACUAAAAACAACUCAUUUUAUUGGACAUUUUGUUCAGAUACUAAAGGAAAUACACAGAAACAUUAUAAACACAUGAAAAGGUGCUUGACAUCAUCAGUCAUUAAGGAAAUGGAAGCCUAUAUUCCCAGCACACAGGAGGCUGAGGCAGGAGGACUGCCAUGAGUUUGAGGCCAGCCUGAGUUACAGCUCAAAAUCCAGUCUCAAAACCAAAUACAAAUGGAAACUGAGACUGAAAGUUACCACUCAUUCACCAGCACUGAAGACCGGAGCCGGAUGCUUCUGACCAGCGCUGAAAGCACAAAGCCAAUCACUGGAACAAGGGUUAGCAGUUUCUUACAAAAUCAUACAUUAAAUUCACUGUAUCGGGGCUGGGGAUUUGGCUCAGCGGCAUAAGUGCCUGCCUUGCAAGCAGGCAGUCAUGAGUUCGAUCCCCGGUACCGAUAAAAAGGACAAAGACAAAAAAAAAAAAUAUUCACUAUACCCCCGGCUCACUGGGGGGUGUCUGAGAAAAAGAAAUCCACACAAGGACUCGCACAGAGGGUUCACAGUAGCUGUGCAGAGUAACCCAAAGGCUGCUCAGAUCAGCCCCAGUGCCUGCCAAGCAAACGGGCACGCUUUAUGAUGUCCACACAAGGACGUCCUGCUCCACAGCAAGAAGUGACAGCUGGUGUGCACGGCAACCCUGGUGGAUCACAUUAAGCUUCUAGAAGCUCUACGGAAGGCGAACCUGAUGGGAAAACUAACCCCAGGUGAGAAAAGACCGUGGUCUCAAGGUCUCGGGGUAUAGGUGGGGACUGGCUGAGAGGCAGCAGCAGGGAGCGUGCGGGUUAGCAAUGAGGCCCUACAUCUCAACAGGAGUUUGGGUUACUCAGGUAUUUGGUCAAAAUUUGAGGAUACACAUUUUAAGAUUUGUGUAUUUCACUGUGUAUAUUUUUCAUUAAACUACAGAAAUAAACACUGACCUCUAA